GCACCUCCUCGCGCCCCACCGGCCGUCGGUCGUCUCGAGCGCUGCUGAAGAAGACGCUGAAGCACCAGAGGAGCGCGAGAGGACCAUGAGCCGGACCCGGUCUUCUUCUUCUACUUCUUCUCCAUCUAGUUUCUGGAGUAGUAAGGCAGCAGAGCCAUAGUCCAGCAGUUUCUUUUCAUCAGCAAGGUGAGGAAGAGGCGGAGAGGAAGAGGAGACACAGACAGCAGCAGCAGUAUCUUGGCGCAUUGGUGCUUAUGGAUUAUUGAGAAGUGGAGGCCGAAACGCGGAUCAAAUAUUCAUAAGGACUUUUUAAAGAGAAAAACACAGAGUGGGAUAGUGCAGAGAUUCCCUGCAGUGAUUCACCUGCCCGGUCCAGCGCUUCAUGCGCUCCCACUGACCAGAGACCUGAGAACCAGCGCUGGAAAAGGAUUCUGCAUCUAGCGCGCGUGUGUGUGUAUGUGCAGUGUGUGAGUGUGUCUGAGUGUGUGUGUGUGUGUGUUUGGAAAGGAGCCCCCCUGCUGCAGUACUUGCCUGCUGUACGGGUAGGCUACAGGGAUGCCACCGACUUACUGACGGACACCCGGUAUCCGCACCCCUCCCCUCCUCCUCCCCUCCCGGACGGACGGACGCACCGACCCCUGCGAACCCCACUAAUAUGCAAUGGUUUUUUGUGCAGAAGCCGACAGCUGCCGCGUACCGCCGACUUCACGCUAGCGCCGCCGCAUGCCUGUCAGCCGCUGCCGCUCCUCUCCCCGCGCCGCGCGGCAUAAAACGCCAUUUGAAGAGGAGCGCUCGGGGGCUUUUCACGCCGCGGCGGCCGGGUGGCAGCAGCAGCGACCGAUCCUCCGCCGCUGAGGACCACCGGCCGCUGGGGCAGCCGGAGGCGGAGACCGCGGAGACAAGCGCCGCAGCGGUUGCUCUUUUCCUGCCGCACGGAGACGACGUCGACGCGGAAUACGUGCGGUUUCUGGUCUCUGGGCUUGUGGAGGAACCGGGCGAGAAACCGGGCGACGAGCCGGGCUUCCUGCUCUUAUUCUUGUCUAUGGUGCAGAUUGGGGGGCCGAAGCAACGCCGAACUGAGCCCAACAGCUGGCCGGCUUUGCUGGCAUGCAAACAGGGGGGCGGAUCAGCCCCCAUGCGGUGGGUGAAUUUUAGGCUGCCGCAUCCGGAGCGCCUCUCGUCCCCCACCUCCUCUUCCUCCUCCUCCCCCGUCUCGGCCAAAUCCAUGCGGUUUAUUUGGAACAACAUUUUCAGCAAAGGAUCGCAUAUGCUGCAGUGUCUUUGUGGCAGGAGCCUCAAGAAAAACAAGAACCCAACUGAACCACAGCUGAAGGGCAUAGUGACCAGGUUGUUCUGCAGGCAGGGCUUCUAUCUCCAGAUGGGCCAGGAUGGAAGUCUGGACGGGACCAAAGACGACAGCACCAACUCCUCUCUGUUUAACUUAAUUCCUGUGGGUCUGAGAGUCGUGGCCAUCCAAUCAGUCAAGACUGGCCUCUACAUCGCCAUGAACGGAGAGGGUCACCUCUACUCAUCGGAGCUGUUUACAGCGGAGUGUAAGUUUAAGGAGUCGGUGUUCGAGAACUACUAUGUGAUCUACAGCUCUAUGCUCUACAGACAGAAGGAGUCGGGCCGGGCCUGGUUUCUGGGUCUCAAUAAGGAAGGACAGGCCAUGAAGGGCAACAGAGUCAAAAAGACCAAACCAGCUGCACACUUCCUGCCCAAACCCAUAGAAGUUGCGAUGUACCGAGAGCCAUCGUUGCACGAUGUAGGGGAGGCGGUGCCUAAACUCGCCGGGGGCCCGCCUUCCAAAAGCACAACCAGCGAACCAGUGGUCAUGAAUGGCGGCAAACCAGUCAACAAACCCGACAAGGAGGAGACAUAACCCCGCCCCCCUUUUUUCCCCUCCCCCUGGCCAACCAGAGGCUAGGAAAAGUCAGAGACUCUCCCCACUGCUGCGCUCUCAAAAAACGAAACUGCAGCAAAAGGUAAAAAAAAAAAAAACAACAGUUCAAGUUCUGACUGGUCAGCAGUGGGGACGCACAUCCCGCCUCACCUCUCUCCCUAUUGGACGGAUCCGGUGUUGUGGGGCAGAGCCAGAGGGGCAGAGCGCUGUGGCUGGUGGCGGGGGAAGAGGAGGAUGAAGACUGUAAAGUCAGACCAAUGCCAGCCAGAUAUUUUGGAACUGGGACAGUGGCAUGCCCUCAUAUGGAAGACAAAAUUACUUCUUAAAAAUAUAAACAAAACAAACUAAAAAUGGGGAAAAAAGUGUCGUCUUCACCGGUAUUUUUCUGUGACAGUCUGUAAGAAUGAGGCCCCUUUUUCCCCUCCUGAUAGUACCAUUUUCUGUUGCCAGGUAUGCUUGCUUGCUGGUGGCUACAGACACACACACACACACACACACACACACACACACACACACACACACACACACACACACACACACACACACACACACACAACAACUCCCACCCUUGGAUUCGAUCUUUGAGUAAAUAAAGAACAGAUUAAAAACAUCAGCAAACAUCGGGCAAAGAGAACACUUUAAACACCACACACUGAUGAUUCAGAGGAUACUUAUUCAUCGAUCAAUUAAGAUUUGGCACAGGACAUUCUGUACUAAGCUUACAAUGAAAUGUACUUGUGCAUUACAUACAGGGCAAACGCAUCUUAUGGCCUGUCCUUAAUUUUGAUCACAUACUACUAUAUAGCUGUUAUGAAGAGAGAGUUCUUAUUUGACACCACUUAGCUUAAAGCAUGUUUGUCUUAACAGUUUCCUUUAUUAUCUGUUUGUUAGGUGGUUUAUUAUUCUGCACACAAAGCACUAGUGAUUAUCAAGCUACAUUGUUGUACAGACACAAAACCGAUUUUAGUUUCUACCUCUCUGUCUAACAAGUUUUUUUUCUGUCCCUUUACUAAUGCUAUGAUUUUCACAUCGCUGACACAAGUGUAGCUCAGGAGAGGAGAUCAACUGAUGUGUCAAAUGAAGAGUUUUGGCAUGAAGUUGCUCAGAUUAGUGUGUAGCUGAGUGCUGAAACCAGAAUGAUUUCCACAAAUUCCAUGUUUGUAGCAAGUGGAGGCAUGCUGUUGUCCAAGCAGCAUGGUAGCAGUCAGUGUUUACAUGGAGUAGCAGAUAUUGUAGAUUGAAGUUUAACAGGGGAAGGGUCAAACCUAAAGAUGGUAGAAGGUAGUACUUCUUAUUUCUGUUGCCUUCCCAAGUACUUGAAAUUAAAGGUAGGAAUGAGGGUAAUAGUGAACAGGGUAAAUUAUAUUAAAGCCACUAUGUGUAGAAUUUGAACAUUUCCACCUUUACUGCCCUGUGGUACUUUCAAAAAAGGCACUGUGGUAGACAGCAAUGCACGCCACUCCCAUAGAUCCGACCCGGACCCAAGGACUAGAGGUCUUCAUGGGUCAGCUUAGUUGCAAGGGAGCCUGAUCCUGUCUAAUUGGCUCAGAAAAGGUCCUGUUGUAUUGGUGCAGUUCUCAGGCAGUGGUGGAAGAAGUACUCGGAUCUUUUAUAAAGAAAAGUGCUAAUACCACAAUAUGAAAGUACUCCAUUACAAGUCCCUCAUUCAAAAGUACAGCAAAAUGUAUCAAAAGUAAAGUUACUCGUUCUGCAGGAAAAUGGCAGCUGUGACUGACAUAUGUUACAUUAUUAGAUUGUUAAUACUGAUGCAUCAAUGUGCAGGAACCAUUUUACUGUUGUAGUUGGUUGAGGUGAAGCUUAUUUACUACUUUAUAUACAGUUCAAUACUUUAGUCCCAUGGUUCCCAACUUAGGGGUCGGGCCCCCCCAAAGGGCCACCAGAUAAAUCUGAGGGGUUGUGAGAUGAUUAAUGUGGUGGGAGAGAAGAAAACACAAAGUUCUGCUACACAAAUAUAUAGUCCUUUUUUGGACUGUUCUCUAAUCUUUGCCGUUCUUGUGAAAUAUUUGAUAAUUUGACCUCUGGGCCACAAACAGUAUUUAAAUGAAACAUCUGAGAAGUUUCAAGGUGGAAUCACUCUUUGGUGCAAGUGCUGACAACUCAGACAUAAACAUGACAAUGUAUGACAAAUUAUGUAAAACUAAUAAAUAUAGCUUUCAAAUAAAUGUAGUGGAGUAUUUAAUAUUAAUAUGUAGUGGAGUAGAAGUAUAAAGUAGCAUAAAAUGGAAAUACUCAAGUAAAGCACAAGUACCUCAAAAUUGUACUUAAGUACAGUCAUUGAGUAAAUAUACAGUAUGUCUACGAUCCGAGUGGUCUUAGACACACUGUACUACUACUAUAUGUCCGAGUUGUAUAUCCAAGUAUUCAAAUAUACAAUGUCAAAAAUCCGAGCGGAUUGGCUAUCAACUCUGAUCACAUGCAUAUUCAUCGCAGGAGAAAAUUUAGGUUUUUGCCAAGACAGAGUGUGAACUUUAAAUUCCAGAAAAAAACUCCAUUUACACAUAGUGGCUUUAAAUUAGCAUGCAGAGUGGCCUAUACAAUCAGGUUAAGUUACUAAAUUAACCGCAUUGUAUUAAAAAUGUAGUAUUAAAAAUGUGGUUUCUAUAGGAAAUAAUGAAAACCACCAAAAACAAAUAGCACACAUUGGUAACCGUGUCAAAUCAAACUACUGAAAUAUGGGUUUGUGGGAAACGUGAAGAACUACAAGGCAGAAAAUCGAAUGCCUUGAAAUGAAAUUAAACCAAAUAGAUUCCCAUGCUUUGCCCUCUCACUGUGACAGUCAACAUGGCACCAAUCUGUUCUGGGCUUCUGGUCCAGGCUUUCUGUUUACUCGUCUUUCUUAGACAGCGAGACUAGACGCCAAUUAACUCCUCAAAAAGUUCCGCCAGUAGUCGGUCAUAUUACUGAGGAGAUAUUAAUACUGUGAUCCCACACUUCAUAUAAGUGUCAGUGACAAAGAGGCAGACACAUGUCAAUGAAUAUAUUCAAUAUGAAACAAAAACUGUACAGCUCUCUUCCUUUGAAUCCCAAUUUUGGGCAAAAUAACCACUUUUAAUCAUUGAAUUCAUUUUAAUCAGAUCAUUGAAACACUGUCAUAUUUGCUGAAGAUGAAUAACCUCCACUGACAUUACCAAAACUACAAAGAAACAACAAGAAAGAGCAAACCACCACCCUAAAAAAACAAGACUGUAUGAUUAAUCCUCACAGUUGUUCCGACAUGAAACGAGCACCAGCCCAAAUCAGCUGCAUCCCUCAGCAACAGGUGUCUGAGUAGUAGGUGAAACGCUGCACACAAGUGAAGCCACUUGAACACGUUUCAUGUUGUCCCGCUGCUUUGUACAGAGGAUACACGCCGCAACUGAAGAGACUGUGAAAAUGCUAGACAGCUCACAGUGUUUCUAAUUGGCAUUUCUCAGAUUUGUUCCUCACAUACACCAUGUUUUUCUCUCUUUCUCUGAUCUCAUUAGCUGUUACUUGCCUCCCUGUUCAAAUUUGACCAGCUCACAUUACAUGAAUGUAUCUAGUCUGAUGUGUCCAUCCUUAACUAGUGUUUUUUUGAAAGAAAAACAUUUGAGACUACCGAUUACAAAAAAGAUUCAAGAGAGAUCAGAGCAUUUUAAGUUUAUGUAUCACCAAACUGUAAUCUUGAUGCUGAAAACCUGCAAGUACACGUGAAAUGUAUUGCUGCUGUUGGUUCAUCAGAAAGUGUUAUCAUUGCUGGGUAGUACUGUAGAUUUCUUGCUAUGUGAGUGCCUCUCAUCCCCAGCUCAAGCUCAAGAUGUGAGAUCCAGGGUGGCUGUAGAUUUACACUAAAGGGGGUUUACCCAAGAUUUCCAAAUUCUCAAAGUCGCUUGACUUCAGCUCUGUCCUGUCUUAGGUUUACUUGAAGAGCAAAGUGGGAUGAUGGUGAUGAGGAAGAAGUCUUUUGACCGGUGUUGUGUUUGUCUCACGUCGGAGACAUGUGGAUGUAACAUUUAUUGACUACUUGUUGUGUCACACUAGGGGUUACUAGCAAAACGGUUUAAAAAAACAAAAACCCUGACAAUCAGGUCUGUAAACUUCUUCUUUAGUUUUUAAAUGUACCUGUUGUCUCAACUGCCUGUGUCUAAGCAAAAACCUUUCAAUGAAGCCACUUUAAUGACAGUAUAGAGGACGAUGUUUUUGUACUUACCUGAGCAACCAUUAGGAGAUACAAUUGGUUAAAAGACUCGAGGACAGCAACUGCUAUUCACUGAAUGAUUAUCAAGCAGCUAAUUUGUCCUACACUGUUAGCAGAGGAAAAAGAUGGACUUGGCAAAGGAACCAAAUCUCUCUCCAUUCAGAGAGGCUCAGCUUGUUAGGUUAGUAGUCGGGUUCACAUCCUGUGAAAGCAGCUAUUGAAGAUCUGUGGCACAUGCUCAAGAAUUAAUGAUGGUUGAGGCCAGAGAAAAAUGGCCUGGUUUCCUGGCUACUGACCAAAGGCACUGCUACAAUAGUGUUUCCAGGCUGGUAAUGACAGUUCCUGGUUCAAACAACGAAGGCGCAAUUACUGUCAGCGUCUCCUGAGAGAUUUCUCUCCACUGGUGGUUAGCCAGGUACCAAGGCUACAAUUAUGAGAUAUCUAACAGCGGGCUCUGCGCAGGAAGAGAGCAGCUGAUUUAAUUAGAAGUGAGCAAUCACAACAACCUGGGUCACUUUAAUUUCUACAUAUGAGUGCCACUCAUGUUCUCAUGGCAGGUACACAUGUAGCCAUCUUACUUUGUCCUGCAUGAACUGUAGCUCUGAAAUCAGAAAUCAGAAGGCACAAAAAGGACACAAGACAUAAUAGAAGAAAAAAGGCUUUUGUGACCUGAGCGCUGCAGUACAGGUGCACUUUAGAGACACAGGAACAUGUAAUGGUUAGCACUGUACCCAUGAUGUAUUGUCUCCCUCAGGUUUUCUUUGCCGUUUCUUUUUUCUGUUCCACUUUAUUCCUGCCUUAUUACAUCUGAAUCUGAAGCGAGACAGUAAAUGCGCUUUCCUCCCAGCUGUUUCUUUCUCUGAACACUCACACAAAGCAGACACACUGUUCAUCCUAUUUUACUAUUCAAUUAUCCUUUGAUCCCCAAUCUUCUGUUCACUGUAACUAUGCUAGCUUUUGCUCUCUGCUCGUUUUGUAAUCAAGCAGCCGGAGAGCUUAUUCCCACCUCCUCUUUUCUCUUCCACCUUCUCCUCCUCCUCCUCCUCCCCUCUCUGUUACCCACUUGUUGCAUGGUUUUCAAAAGAGGAAAGAUGACUGGGACUGAUGCAUGUGGUAAUGUAGGAAAUGUGUUAUCAAAACAAAACAAACAUUUACAAGUAGCACCAGUAAAACUUUGUCUGGCUCAUUUCUGUCAUCGGUUUGCACUGGUAGAGAUUUUGAUAUUUGUUUUAUUUAUACAUUCAAAUCAACAUUUGGUUCCCAGUGGCAUCAGAAACAACUUACAGAGCCAUAUUGUUUUUGAAGCAUAAUCCAUCAUUGCAAUAAUGGAGCAAAGAAUGAAUCAAAAUUACUUCAUAUCUCUAACAUUGUUACACUAAUGCAUGUCUUACGUGGAACACUUCCAGCAGAGCAUCAAUAUUUAAUUCUGGUGGCUGAGAGCAGGAAAAAUUAUAAAACGAAAAAACAGGAACAAGUAAUUGCUUGAUAUCCUUUGCUGCUUCUUUUAACAAUGAUGGAUUAAGCUCAGGAAGUUAUUUUAGAUGCUGGUAGAUGUAGAAAUAGAUGUGGGAACUAGUCCUGAUCAAGGAUCAUCAUACUCCAUACAGUAUAACGCACAUGUCAGCUGGCAGGCAAUCUUCUUCGUGACUUAAAAAUGGUGUUAAGCACGUGUAAAGUAACAAAGAACGCACGAUUCAGACCGACCAAGGUCUCUUCCAUUAAAACCAAAAGAAAGAUGGCGCAGGUUUUCUUCCUUGCUCACUGGAGUGCUGCUGGAGAGUGCUUAGUGCUGCCACCGGUGGUCAGAAGCUGUAUAACAGCAAUACUGGAGCUACAAUCAAGCACCAUUUUUGAUUUUACAUGGUUUGUAUUUUCAACAUUAGUAUUAUUUCAACAAAUUUUAGGAGCAGCUUUGUGACUACAAUGUCCGGGUUUUAUCCUUGAUAUGUAGUAUGACGGACCUGGAAGAAUGUUAAUGAUAACUCUUUCAAAGUGAGAUAUUGCACAAAAAUGUUGAUGAAGAUAAAAUUAGCGUCUAAGCUAUGUAAAGAUGUCAAAGGACACAUUAAAUAAAGAUUUACCACAAUCUGUUGUAUCAUGCUAGUGCAAACCAUGCUAGCUAUGAGCCAAAAGCUAAAUGUCACUGGUGCUAACCUUAAAGGAGAUUACUCUGUCAGUAAAUGUACAGUUACCUUUACAUACAUAUUAUGCAAAGUUUGUCUGCACUGUACAGUUUGUGUCCAAUCCAUUGUAUACACACAAAAAACAAUGAUAUUGAAUAAAGGAUUUAUAGAAAGGAA